AUGGAGGUGAAAAUGCAGAAUGGCUCAUCGAAAACAGGACGAGGGGUUACGGUCAACGGGACAGUGUCCACCCUGAAGAGGCAGCCGAGGCCCAAGACGGCGUCCAGCAGGCAGGAACGCGGCUCCUGUUCUUCAACAGCCUCUUGUCCAGUGUUCUCAGGAUGUCAGAGCGACCUCAACGAAAAGCUGCUGCCCCGCUGUCCAUCCAGCCUUUCCUCGCCCUCCCUGCACAGGCCUGGUUCCACCUCCAAUCUGAAGGGCUCCAUCUCCAGCCUGCAAGGUUCCUUGUCGAGCCUAAAGGGUUCGGUCGUCAGCCUCAAGAGCUUUCCUACGUCCUCGACACUGCAGAGCUCUAGUCUUAGCCUCCGGAGCUCCAGCUCCAGCCAGCGCAGCUCCAGUGAGGACGACAGCUGGGACACCAACAGCUGGAGCUCCGGCGCCACAUGCCUCCUGCGCAGUUCCAUUAAGCAGCACAGUGAAGAGGUUUUCCGGGUGCGCGCAGGCUCUGUGAGUCGACCUGAGGGUACGAGUGAUUCCGAGACAGGCUACCAGAACUCCGACAGCUGCCAGGGAAGUGUGGUGGGAUCGGAGAGCCAGGAGGGAGCGGAGCAGGUCGAUGCGGGGCGGAGGGAUUCGUCAUCAAGUCAGGGAACCUCCGGUGCUUCAACGGCGUCAUCCAACUUAGAGCAAAAGAUUGAAGAGAAGCUCAAGUUUUCUCAGUUUCUUGAUGAGGUUACAUGCAGGGUCCUGGAACCCGAGUGUCUGCAAGCCUUCGGAGUGCCCAUCCGUCAGAAGGAGCCGCCUUGCCCACAAACAUCACCUCCCCAAUGCCUAAACCUAACCCCAGUUUCCAGUCCUUGGUUUGGAUCCAGUAGGGAUUCUGCCUGUAAUUCCAGGGACAGUAAUGUGUACAAGUGGGCCAAGUGCAUGCCAAGCUGCAAGAUUCUGGAUGCCAGUGAAACCCUGAGAAGAACUGAAGAGGAAAUGGAAAUGUUAGGAAGGACCUACCUAGAGACUGACAUAGACCGAGCACGGAGGGAAGAUGAAGUGAGUUCCACACAUCUACGAGACGUGGAGAAAAGAACUUUACAGACUAGUGGCAAAUCUUCUCGUGGAUGCCCGAGUCCUGUUUCCAAGCGCUCAGACGGGGCACCACGACCACCGCACCGCACCACCUCCCUCCCAAGACCCGCUGCGAGCGGCAUCACGGUUUCUGAUGGAGACGCGAGCAGCAGCAGCUUCGCUUUCGAGAAAGACCUUCAGCAGCAGAGAUUUCCCAUCAUGCCGUCUGUCAGUGAACACAUGGAGAGCUUCCUGUAG